AUGUCUAUUUUGAAGUUAGAUUUGGUGUUUUUGUUCUCAAACCCUGUUAUCGCAAACCCUUUGGAAUCACUCCAUUUUAAGGUGCUGGAAUCACUUUUGAAGCACAUUUUACUCAAUAAACCAGUUUCCGAGUUUGAAAUUUCCUUUUUCAGGCUCAGAUUCCUCAACACAUCUCAGUUAAAUGAAGCUUUUGAGACACUUGAGAAGGUUUGCGAGUUGGUUGGUCUAAGUUUGUCAGAUAUUUCGUUGAAAUUCGAAGAUGAGGAUUUACUUAAAGUUCCUGAAUCUCCUAGUGUAACUAUAAAAAGCUCUAGACUUAUAUCCGAGAGUGUAUCCAAUGUUAAUAUUGAACCUAAAUCAGAGUUUGAACUUGAAAUGUGUUCCAUGUUCCUAAAUACUCUCAAGUAUAAACAACUAUUUGAUUCUUACGGAGUUGAUGGGUACAGUAAUAUACUAAUUCACGGCACUAAUUCCGGGAACAUUUUCAUUGACUGGUUCAAGUCUGUGCAGGAAAAGGUUAAUUUUGACUCUGAAGGGAACGAAUGCUUGAGGACUUUGCAACUGAGCGUGAUUAGGUUUUCUGAGAUUCUGAUGCCGUACUUUGGAGAAAGUGAGCAGAAGCUAAGGUUUUUAUUUGAUUUCGCAAUUGAAAACGCCCGUGACGGCGUGUUGUGUAUAUGUCUCGAAGGGCUCCAUAACUUCACAAACUCAAAGGACUCUUCAGGUGAUUUGGACCGGAGGAUUCUAUCAACUCUUUUACUGCUUCUCGAUGGAGUUAGCAAGAAGACGCCAGUUUCAGACGUCUCAAUCAUCGUCGUUGCGUCCACUGAAGACGAUCCUGCCAAACUUGAUGAAGCACUUCUGAGACCAGGAAGACUAGACCGUAUCUUCCAACUUGUUAAUCAUAAUUAG